AUGAAGCAAUAAACUACAUAAAGCCAUGACUCUCUGUAUUAUUGAUAGUGGGGGCUGCUUCACAUCACCAUGAGUAAUCUCACAAUACUAAAAUACAGCAAUCUAGCUAUCUGUGAACCCAAUGGAUGGGAUUUGUGGAACACAGUGGACUCCACGGAUUUGUGUAAUUAGAUUCUUUGUUUUGGUUACUAUAGACAACAUAAGACUUCUUUUUAAUUGCAUCUCAGGUUGGAGUUUUCCUUCGCUUAGCUUCGGUCUAUCAUAUGAUAUGCUCAAACUAAUUUACACUUAUCGGUUCCUAUUUCUAUUUGCUAUGUAUUUGUUCUGCUGCAAGAUAUUUUCAUUGCCUGUUUCAGUUUUUCAUUUGCUUCUCCAUGGCUUCUAGUUGGCCUGGUAAUACAGCCAGCCUAAGACCAGAAACAAGUAACAUAAUAUUACCUGCUAAGAAUAAUCAACAUAUACCUUUCCAAAUUAGAAGUUCAUAGAUUAUUGAUAAUUUGAGACUGUUUACAAUUUUCAGACUCUUAAUAUGCAUUUUUUGGUGUACUUAAUUUAUACUACUCUUGGUGCUUUUUACUUCUGCCAAUCACUAUUCCAGUUUCUUUGAUUUCUUUGACUUGUUUAAUCUGUAAUAGAAUCUUGAAUGAUUUUUAUUUUCUUUUGGAGAAACUAAAGCAGCAAACAUUAUAUCAUUUGACUUGUAGUUUGCAGAUAACUGUUACCAUUUGUGUAUGAAAUUGUGAGGCGUUGUUAUGGACUGGAAUGUGAAAUCUCUCGGGCAAUGGGAUUGGGAGCAUUUCUUCUUGAAUUCAAAAGCAACAGAAAAUCCCACGUCCCAACCCACUGAUUGGAGUAGUGAAGCCGAUCGAGAAAUAAAUGUCGGGGUGUUGUAUCCAUCAGGCAGUAGUGGUGGUUAUUCUGGGUCUGAACUAAUACAUGCCGCUACUUCCUCAAGGAGUUCAAAAUCACCUUCCAACAUUUCAUCAUCAAAUGGGGAUAGCAAGACAUCUAUGUUAACUCUUGAAGGUUCUCCAGAUGAUUCCAUUGGUAAGAAAGAAUUGACCAAAGGAGAGCCAGUUGACACUUCUACAGAAGCAGAGCCCUCUUCUGUCUCUGGUGAACCAUUGCUCACUCUAAAGCUUGGUAAAAGAUUGUAUUUUGAGGAUGUUUGUGCAGGAAUUGAUUCCAAAAAGUCACCUGCUUCUGGGGUUACCAUUUCAUCUGGAAAGAGAUGUAAAUCCAGUAAUCAGAACUUACAACACACAAGCUGCCAGGUAGAAGGCUGUGGCCUUGAUCUCUCAUCUGCUAAAGAAUACCAUCGCAAGCAUAGAGUUUGUGAUAGUCAUUCCAAAUCCCCUAAGGUGGUUAUAGCUGGAUUGGAACGUCGAUUUUGCCAGCAAUGUAGCAGGUUCCAUGCUCUGUCAGAGUUUGAUGAUAACAAAAGAAGCUGCAGACGGCGUCUUUCAGAUCACAAUGCAAGGCGCCGCAAACCUCAGCCUGAAGCAGUCCAAUUAAAUCCAUCAGCUUUGUCUUCAUCGACCUAUGGUAUAAAUCACAAGGAUGGUAGGAAAAUAAUGAGCCCAUUUGCAUUUUCAAGGACUGCUACAAAUUUAGCAUGGCAAGACAUGCACAGCAGCAAGCUCCCCCAGACAAAAGAUUUUCUUUUGAAGACUGCAAAAGCCUUCAAUAAGACAUCAAGUAUUUCUCCUAUGCUUUCUGCUGAUUCCAGUCGCCUUCUUACAUCCAAAGGCAUAGGAACCAAGAUUAUUGUUCCAGGUAUAGAAGAUUCCACUACCUCAUCUACACAAGAAGUUAACCGUGCUCUCUCUCUUCUGUCAAUCAAUUCAUGGGGUGCAUAUGAGACUAAAUCCCUGUCCCUAGAGCAUUCCAAUCAGUCCAUAGCAAAUGCAAUGACUCUUCCUUCAUCAGAAUAUUGGCCCUCUGAUCAACUCUCAUACUCGGAUUGUGACAAUAGCAAUCGCUUUCAAGACUUUCAGCUGUUGAGCGCGCCCUUUGAGUCAGGUUUUCCUUGCAACCAGCUGGAUUAACCUGAGUGUGCUUAUUAAGAAUGUUACAUCCCCAUCAUAUGACAUUUAUUUCAUGUCAGUUUGUAGGGCUUAUUAUCUGUUGGAAUAUCAUAUAACUUAGUAUCUUAUUAUUUGAAGUAGUGUGUUUGACAAUGCACUUCAACGAGUUUAAAGCAGGUUUAUAAGCUUGUUUAACUCAACUUUAAGGCGUUUACUGAUAUUAGACAUCUCCCAUUUCAUUUGCUUA